AUGGCCGAUGGAGCCGCGUCGACGUCGGCGGACACCAAACUUGCCUCGGACGUCGCCGACAUGUCCCUCGAGAAUCCGACAGAAACCUCCAAAGCCGCCGACGAUCUCGCGAGUGAAGGCGACGAAGACGGCGACGAAGACGAAGGCGAGGACGAGGAUGAUGGGGCGGUAGCAGAUGGUGCGGCUGCGGGCAGCGCUUCGUCCAAGAAAAAGAGGAAGCCGCGGAAGAAGAAGAAGAAGAAGGCUACAUCCACGGAUCCUGCAGCGUCAGAGUCCGCAUUGGCAAAGGAGCCUCAACAGAACGGACCGGCGGUGGUUCACGAUAUACCCUCAUUGCUGCAGCAGCUGGCUAUGUCACAGCCGCAGAAGAAGGAAGGCAAAGCACCGGAAGACUACAAGUUCUGGAACACGCAGCCGGUGCCCAGAUUCAAGGAGCCCAACUUGCUGCAGACCACUAGCGGUGGUGAGGGUGAGACCUUACCAGAAGGACCCAUACUUCCUAACCAGGUGUGCCAAGCCAGUGCAAAACCUGAGCCCGAGAAGCUUGUCGACGGCUUUGAGUGGUGCCUGAUCGAUCUGGACAACAAGGAAGAGCUGCAAGAGUUCUACGACCUACUCUACAACCACUACGUCGAAGACACAGACGGCUCCUUCCGCUUCAACUACUCCCCGGAGUUCUUGAAAUGGGCUCUAAAGCCACCGGGAUACAAGAAAGAAUGGCACAUUGGCGUGCGAACCAAAUCAACGGGAGAGGGCAAGAAAGGCAAGUUGGUUGCGUCAAUCACUGGCAUUCCAGUGACUUUGAAGGUUCGUGGUCAGAAAUUCGAUGCCAGUGAGAUCAACUUCCUUGCAAUCCAUCGGAAGCUUCGCAACAAGCGUCUCGCGCCUGUGUUAAUCAAAGAGGUCACCCGGCGGUGCUACCUCAAUGGCAUCUACCAGGCUUUGUAUACGGCCGGCACUCUAUUGCCGACGCCGAUCAGCACGUGCCGCUACUUCCACAGAUCGUUGGACUGGGAACAUUUAUACAAUACUGGCUUCAGCCACAUGCCGCCAGGUUCUUCCGCCUUGAGGCAAAAGUACAAGUAUAAGCUGGAGUCUCACACACAAACCAAGGGUCUGCGACCAAUGAAGCCGGCUGACGUUCAGGGCGUCAAAGAUCUGCUCGUUCGCUACUCAGAGCGGUUCCAUCUACGGCAGGAAUGGACGGAGGAGGAGGUUUUGCAUUUCUUGUGCUCAGACGUCUCGAAGAGUGUCGUGACGAGCUAUGUGGUUGAGGAAGGCGACAAGAUCACCGACUUCAUCUCGUACUAUCUACUCGAGGUAUGCUUAUUCCUGAACAACCUACGAGCUAUUCUGACCUUGACUUAGUCCUCUGUACUUCGCUCACAGAAGCGAGAGAAUAUCCGCGCUGCCUACCUUUACUACUAUGCCACCGAGGCGGCUUUCCCCGGGAAUCCCAAACCAAAGGCAAAUGAUGCCCAGGACGCUCUCCAGGCACGACUUCAGACCCUCGUUCAUGAUGCACUCAUCCUUGCAGCGAAAGACGGUUUCCACGUCUUCAACGCGCUCACAUUACUGGACAACCCGCUCUUCCUAAAGGAGCAAAAGUUCGAGCCAGGGGACGGUAAAUUGCAUUUCUACCUCUUCAAUUGGCGCACAGCGCUCUUGCCCGGCGGCAUCGACCACAGAAAUCAGAUCGACACUACAAAGAUGGGUGGUGUGGGAAUUGUCAUGCUGUGA